AAGAUGACCACACUUUAUUUUCAUCUUCUUCUUUCUCUCUCCUACUUGUUAGAUUUUUAUUAUUCUCUGUUAAACAGCUUACAUAACUUCGACUCCUUCUUUCUUCUUCUUGAAUUUUCUGUGUGUGUGUUGAAUUUUGAAGCCCUUUGUUAUUUCUGUGAUUUUCUUUUAAUUUGGUUCCAUGAAGCGAAAGGGGGUUGAAGAAGUAGAUGAUCAAGAAACGCCGAUUGAUAGACUCCCCUUUGACCUCUUGGCUCAUAUUUUUGCUCUUCUUACUUGUUUCAAGGAUUUGGCUCAGACGAGCGCUGUGAGCAGGAAAUGGAGAGAGGGGGUGAAAGAAUCCUUAGCUAGAAGAGAAAGUUUGAGUUUUUCUGGCUGGAAAGUGAAUGAUGAUUCUACUACUCGCCUCGUUCUUCUUGCUUACAGACUCAAGGAACUCGAUAUCUCAAGGAGCCGUUGGGGUUGUCAAAUAACGGAUCGUGGACUGUACCAAUUGUCCACUGCUAGAUGUAUUAGCAAUCUGUCAUCACUAUCUUUAUGGGGCACUACUGGGAUCACAGAUACAGGUGUUGUUCAGCUGAUCUCCAGAGCUUCUUCUCUACAGCAUCUGAAUAUUGGCGGUACAUUUAUAACAGACAUAUCCUUGUUUGCUAUUGCUGGUAGCUGCCCACAGUUGAAGACUAUUGUGCUGUGGGGCUGCCGUCAUGUAACUGAGAAUGGACUUCUAGCUUUGGUAAAUGAAUGCCGCAAACUCGAGUCUAUUAAUGCAUGGGGCAUGAGGGUUACUGUGGACUGCUUUAUUGGCCUACUCACUAUUAGCCCAGCUCUACAGAUACAACCUAAAGGAAUGCUGCCUAAUAUUGCUGUUUUCUGAGGAGCCUUUUAAGUUCCUAUGUGACCUUUCUUUUAAGGGUCCGGUCCAUCUACCUAGAAUUUGAUUGCAACUAUAUCUUAUGUACAGCUUGCCAAUUGUUGGAUGAACAAUAAUGCUUUGUACAGAUUGUUUUCUGUGCUUCUCCUUUGUAUUAAUUUGGACGAUCGCCUGCAGCAAGGCUUCUGAAAAGAUCCUUUCUGCUAGUAACAACAUUUUAAAGGCCAUAUUUCUGCUUGUCAGAUGAUUCA